AUGGCUGUGGAGAUCAGCGGCAUCACCGCGGCAUCGGCGCUGCCCGUGGGCCUGGAGGAGCAAACCCUGUUGCGCGGAACCGUCUGCGAACGGAAUGAGGCCUCCAACUUCGGCUUCCUUCGAUGUCCUCAAGUCCAAGAUCUCUGUGGCAAAGAUGUGUUCUUCUGCCUUAGGGAUUUCCCGGACUGGCUGCCGGGGAUGUCCGUGGCAUUUCGCCUCGUUUGGGACGACAUAGGGCGACCUCGCGCAGCCCCGGAGGAGGCCGAGCCAAGCAAUACGCCCCGACGCGACCAGGUUGAGGUGGCGCUGGGCCCGGAGUUUGGUCCUUUGGGCCUCGGGCUCCGCUGCGGUUGGCUCCCCGAAGUGGGCCACAUCCGAGAGGACCGGAGGAGCUUCUGGCUGGGCCAGGGGGUGCGCGUUGGGGAUCGGCUCCUGGAGCUGAAGAGCGCCAAGGAGGCAGUCAGUCUCGAAGACCUCGCACCUGGGAAGAUCCUCCCAAGGCUUUGCGAACGGCCGCUGAGAUUAGUUUUCCUGUGCCUGCACGAUGAGGUGUGA